GUCCAUGUAACAGCUGAGCUGCUGCUUCGCCUAAUCUUCUACACCGCUCUGGAGCAUAGAGCGCAGACAUGUCUAUGAUCUGGAGCUGCGAAGACGGCUGAAUGCCUGUGUUUGUCUCCGGAUGGGAGUGCGAUCAGGGCUAAGCGUUGCGGUUCAUGUCUGUUAAUCUGGAAAUAUAGGACCACAGCGUGCUCAGUUGGCCCCCGACAGCCAUGGUCCUCAGCCUGUCUCCUGCGGCCGUCUGCCAGUGCUUCACCCUGGUGUCCCUCUGCACCUCCGUGGCCGACCCAAAUUGGAUCCAGAUCAAGAACGCCAGCGAUCCCAGCCGACAGCUUAUCUAUGGAGUGGCUUUCACCCUGCACGCCGCGCAGAAUCUCACUGACACAGCUCCCCUCGGUGGAGUGAACGGCUGGGGUAUGUGGCUCCUGUAUGCACUGGCCGGCGUGUGCUAUGGGGGCGUCCUGUUCUCCAGCUCUUCCUUCCUGCUUGAUUUUCUGGGCGGUGGCGGGACCCGCCCCCGACUCCUCGCCACCCUGCACGUGGUCACAGCUGUGUUGUGUCUGGGAGCCCUCAGCGUGUGUGGAGCCUGCCUCUGCGUGAUCGUGCACAACCUACGGAAGGGCCUGAUUGGUUGGUACCGGGAUUUGGGCGGAGCUCGGUCUGGGGGGGCGGUGCUCCAGUCCUCCCCCGGAGAGAGUUUCUACAUCGCGGUCCUGGCCCUGCUUUUCUCCAGCCUGGCCGCGGCCCUCAGCCUACGUGGGAUGUCCCAGCCCCCUCCAGGGGGAGACUACAUGCCCAUCGAGUCCGGGGACAGUGAUUCAGAGCCCCCGCCGGCCAGGGGGCCGGGCGAGGAGUGGGGGGAGGUGUUUCCUGAAUGAAACGGGCUGAGGAGAGAUCGCCGAAAUGACCACCCCCCCCUUCCCCCAGACCCUCCUCAACUGCAACCAGUGGUCCACGUUACUGAGCUGCCACCUCUGCUCCAUCUUCCUCCGUGACAAUUUUUCAUUUAUUUGGUUUUGUUAGCCGUUGGAAUUGAUUGAUUUCUGCAGUGAAUUUGGAAAUAUAUUUGUUUCUGAUUAAGAGAUACUUGGGGCAGGAAAGUAGAAAGUCUCUCUCCCUGUCUCUCCCUCUCUCUCUUUCUCUCUCUCUCUCUGUCUGUCUCUCCCUCUCUCCCUCUCUCUCUCUCUCUCUCUCUCUCUCUCACACACUCACACUCACACUCACUCUCACACUCACUAGCACCAUGCUCCACCUUUGUUCUUCACUGUUUCUUUGCUUGUGCAUGUGGGCUUUAGCCUGAGCACUGCGCCCCCUAGAGCAUGGGUAUAGUCACGGGAGGCCACUCCCCAUCGGCCUUGUGCAACAGCACAACUCUGGUCAGUCGGGACCCUGCAGUCUGACUGCAUCCAGCUGCCUAUGUUGUGUAGCAACUGCGCAGCUUGGCAUACAGACUGCUGGUGAAGAGAAACAAUGGCAGGCUGAACCACUGACAGGCAGUGGCUUCUUAAUGCCCCAUCACCAUAAUUUUCAACGCUAUCACCUGUCGACUGAGUUGCUGCCUAUAUAUUGAUGUUAGUAAAAUUGUGUCAUUCGACAGGCACUGUUGAAAAAGUUGAUUUAAACAUUGUAUGAAGUGAGAAAACAAGCCUCUUAACUGCAUGUACUCUAAGGAUGAAUGUUAUUCUGAAGUGCGAAAUGCAGAGCAUGAUGUGUAUAGCCUUAAACUGCGCCCCCUUGAGGCGUGAUGUGUAUAACCUUGAAAUGAAUGUGUACAGCAGGGGAGUGCAAUCCUUUCCGAAAAGGGUCCAGGUUUUUGUUUUAGCCCUGCACAAUGACACUGGAUUCUACUAAUGAACUAUUUAUGGUCUUCAGGCAAGGCCUUGAUAAGCAGUAUCACAGGCCCUUGGACAACUAUUAUGUUCACCCUUUCAGUCCCUUGCCUAAUAUUAAGCCUAAUAUGACUUUGGUUGAGAAAGUUGAGAGAAUGUACUAGGGUUUUGAUAGGGGCUCAGAAAUUGGUUGAAAAAGUAGAAAUUCGAGAGUGGGGACUGAAGGGGGGGGGGGGUCAAACUCCAGUCCCAUGGGGCCACGGUGUCUGCCGGGUUUUGUGGUUUUCUGUCCGUCAACAACAAGUUUAGGCCACCAAACGGGGUGCAUGAGUCCCUCUUGCCUCAUUGAGCUUCAUUAAGCUUUCUACAUGGCCAGGAAAAUGCACUAAAAACCCGCAGACACUGCGGCCCUCCAGGACUGGAGUUAAACCCGCAGACACUGCGGCCCUCCAGGACUGGAGUUAAACCUGCAGACACUGCGGUCCUCCAGGACUGGAGUUAAACCUGCAGACACUGCGGCCCUCCAUGACUGGAGUUAAACCCGCAGACACUGCGGCCCUCCAGGACUGGAGUGAAACCAGCAGACACUGCGGCCCUCCAUGACUGGAGUUAAACCUGCAGACACUGCGGCCCUCCAGGACUGGAGUUAAACCUGCAUACACUGCGGCUCUCCAGGACUGGAGUUAAACCUGCAGACACUGCGGCCCUCCAGGACUGGAGUUAAAUCCGCAGACACUGCGACCCUCCAGGACUGGAGUUAAACCUGCAGACACUGCGGCCCUCCAGGACUGGAGUUAAACCAGCAGACACUGCGGCUCUCCAGGACUGGAGUUAAACCUGCAGACACUGCGGCCCUCCAGGACUGGAGUUAAACCUGCAGACACUGCGGCCCUCCAUGACUGGAGUUAAACCUGCAGACACUGCGGCCCUCCAGGACUGGAGUUAAACCCGCAGACACUGCGGCCCUCCAUGCCUGGAGUUAAACCAGCAGACACUGCGGCCCUCCAUGACUGGAAUCUGACACUCCUGCCAGUUUGGUUCUCAUAAAGAGUUUAGGUAAUAUAAUAUAAUAUGCAUUUCUAUAUGGUAAAUCAUCAUAUCCAAAAUAUAAUACAUAUUUAAAUGUUUGGUGUGUACAUGUAGCAGUUUUAUCCUAACUGUGUGUUCUGCGUAUAAUCAAGACAAUGCAUAUGUUUUGGCCUUUUUAAUUAUUCAUCAAAACACAUUCAAAAUAUGCUUCUUCAAAGUUUUUUGCUUGUUAACAUUACUUAAAUCUCAUAAUCCAAAUCUUCAUGCACCAGUCGACUGUACAUAUUGAACAGUAUAUUCUUAAGGACCUAACAUUUCAAAUAUUGUUUCUAAAGUAACAAGGCUCAUAUCCCACACUGAAGGCGAACAAAAAAUGGUUCACAACCCUGGUCCACAGGGUUUGCUGGUUUUCACUAUCAUUUUAGUCAAGUUGAUAAAGCAGUCCAUUACACAAUGAAAUCACCUGUGAUUUAAGGUGAAAGUAAAAAGCAGCAGUGCUCUUUUCUGCCAGGGCUUGACCCUUGCUUAAGCAUAGAGCCCUUUGUUCUGAGGUUUCGCUCAUUUGUUGUUUCAGGUGUACCUUGUGUCCAUACAUGAACAGAUAUCGUGUGUCCUGCAGUCUUCUAGCAGAGCAGACCUCGGUCAAAAAGUAUUUGAAAUACUUUAACUGUUAAGAUGCCAGUUAUCAUUUUAAAUCACUCACUGAUCCUUCAAGGAUUUUCAGGGAAAUGCUACUGACCGACACACUCAUUUUGUUCAGUCAUAUGAAAUAAUUAAAUUCAGAAUGUUUCGGAAAAUAGAGGUAUCUUUUUUUUUUUAAUUUCAGAAUUUCACUGGUGUCUAAAAAAAAGGUUGCUGUAUUUCAUUCUUUUGACCCAGGCCUUCAGGAGAAAGUUGUCCGAUUGUUAAGCUGGUCUUUAAAUGCUGAGCGUGGCUCGUGACACAUGACACUGAGGAGGAGUUUAUGUCGUGGCGCACUCUGGUUACAGGCUGCCCUGGGCUGAGCUGGGAGAUCACCUCAGGGCAUGUUGUCUCUGCUUUGGGCCACAGUGCACAGCGACUGCAGAACCAGCGCAGCAGAAACGAGCUGAGCUGUGGCCUGACUGAGGCCGGACAGGGGGGCGGCGCGGGGAAUCUGCACUAGCAUGCUCAGCCCGUGCAGCUGAAGUGGACGUCCCCUGGAGGGCAUUUUGUUUUUUUUGUUGUUGUUUUGUUUUUUUGUAUUGAUGUCUUAUUUACUUUACUACCAUGUGAAGCGGCACGUUCCUACAACGGAAGAUUGUUUUCGUAACUUAAUUUUCGUAAAUUUGUAAUGUUUGUAAGCGUUCACGACCUUUUUUUGUAUGUGCUUUGUACAGAGAGACUGUGACCCUGUGUUGUGUGUGGCCUUUUGCUCAUCGGUGUGUGUCCGUGCGUGCGUUGCACCCGAACGAUGCUGCUUUCAGUUGGCGCUGUCGUCCUGCUGAACUGCGUCGGGUUGUAGACUGUUAAGCUCUGCUAUUUCCCUCCUCAGCCAAUCAGGUGAUUCUGAAAUAUACCUCCUCUCUCUCUCA